UUGACAGUACACUGCUUGAAAGUGAGUCUAACAUGAGCAAAAUUUCUACUUAAUAAUGUUUAUCAAGAAGAUUUCGUUUCGAAGAAAGAUGAAAAUCUGUAAAGUUUAAAUGUGAUAUCAGCGAAGCGAGAGUAUUUUUUGUGCUUUGGCGUACUAGGAAUCCAACUAUAAAAGUGCCAAUUAGCAGAAGCUCUGUGAGCGAAAUAUGUUACGCAAUUUUUAAAUGAUACUUCCUGCGCGCAACAAGUGUUGUGAAACGUCAAAACACGUAUACACCAAAUAAACCGUUACCCCACAAACGAUCGCCGUCCACACAGCGUGCAAGGGAAAAUUAGAAAGUGAGCUGGAAAUUCGAUAAUAAUUCACUCGAAGUUUUCACUGAAUGACAAAUAACAAUCACUACUGCUGAAAACAAAAAUGGUUGUGUUCAGCCUGGAAAGAUUUCCCGAUGUUUGCUGGAUUUGUUUCAAACCUAACACUGCUCGCAAAAAAAUGAUUUCACUGGAUACAAAGGAUGAGCUGUUUGAUGGCACUAUUCGCGAAUUCCUCGCGGCGGUUACUUUUAUUAUACCAGAGGACAACAACAACCUAAUGCCACAAUUGAUUUGUGCGGGCUGUUUGGAUCCGUUAAAAGAAUUUGCCAGAUUUCGAACAAAAUUAAAUACUACGAAUCUUCUGAUAAGUGCGUUAGUGGAAUUGAAACUUCGCAAUGAAAGGCCAAUUAGAGACCUAUUUAAGCAUAGAGGCACACAAUUGGGAAUACUGAUUAAAAACUUACAACUUUGUUCAACUGAAAAAAUUAAACUUAAGGAUUUAUUAGCUGAAUUUUCGCUGUACGAUAUAGCCUCGCUCACAGAAAAUGGAAAUGACGAAAAACUGACGGAUUUCAACAAAUUUAAAGCUUGUACAGAGUUAGUUACAGCCGAUGAUUUACCACAAAUUAAUGAACUCGUGUGUGAUGAAGACCAUGACACCAACGAAGGGGCAGCAAAAGAAGCACAGAUUGAAGUUAAAAGAAAAAAUAGAAAAUCUACCAACAAACAAGCAGCAAACAAAAGAACUUGUAAAAUUGCCAAGCGAAAAUCCACCGAUUUGGACUCGACGUCUAGCAUGGAUUCAAUCGCGACAGGUGCAGUAAAUCCACCAGCAAAAUGUGCAGAUAAAAACGGAACCAUCGAAGCAGAUCCACCAGCGAAAAGAGUUAAAAAGCCGUACUCCCCGAAAACAGAUCCGCCAUUGAAGUGCUCCGAGUGUUCGUUUGCCACUCGCUAUGACACCGUUUUCAUCAAACACCAAGCAACCCAUGACAACCCGAAAGACACCACGGACGCGCAAAUUUAUUUUUGCAGAAGUGCGGGUUGCGCAAAAUCAUUCUCGUGUCGUCAGAUUCGCUUCCGCCACUUUCACCAGGCUCACUGUCCGUUUGUUUGCGAAAUUUGCGGCAAGCGGUGCGCUACGCAGACUGAGUUGAAAUACCACGUGGAGCGUCACAAGAAACAGCACAGCUACAAUUGCCGAUAUUGUAAAAAAACUUACAACACAAAAAUUGACCUAAACUUGCAUAUUCGGUUUUCCCAUAAUGCCCAGCGCAAUUACCCUUGCGAGAUAUGUGGGCUUAGCUUUCGAAGAAAAGAUAUUUUAAGAUCCCACCUUAGGCACCACAAAGAUGUUUACGAGUAUCCAUGUAAGAUGUGCGACAAACGCUACAAAACAGACAGUGAUCUUCGGAAGCACCGCAUGACAAUACAUGAUGGAUUGCGAGUUCCCUGCGAGUAUUGCACUGCCGCCUUCGAAAAUAGAGGCAAAAUGUUUGAUCAUGUUGAGCAUAUUCAUGGAAUACAGGUACGUUUUGUGUGUGACAUUUGCGUUCUGCCGCUGGAAGGUCAGGACAAACUGGAUCAGCACAAGUUACGCCACACAAAUCCUCAAGAAUGCGAAUGCGGCACAUGUUUAGAGGUAUUCUCAACAGCUGAGCUCAUGGCCAGUCACGUUUGCAUAACAUACAUAGACGACUAUGUAUGCUGUAACAGAGACCAUCGAAAUCAUCAAUUCUACAACAAACAUAUGUUCAUUAAGCAUGGUAAAAAGAGUAACGCGCGGGUUAAGCCUAUACCGGGCCAAUUGUUGGGAACAAUCAGAGCCACCAGGAAACGCAUUCAGAUGUGUCGGAAAUGUGAAACUGUUUUCCCGAAUAGAGCUCAGAGAAUGAAACAUGUUGAAAAUUGCAUUGGUCCGACUGAAAGUACAACACCGGCGGAGGCAGCUAGUUUUGACUCAAGCUUAGAGAGCGAUGCACAAAAUCUAACGCCAACCCCGGUAGAGCAUACUGUUAAUUCCCAAAUCACAUCGACGAUUAGUUCAAAUACAACUGAGGCUACUGGUUUCGACAUGAGAUCAGCACAAAAUCCAACGACAGCUCCGGUAAGCCAGCUGGUAGAUUUUCAAAUCGAAUCAAUUUGCUCGGAUCUAACUAAUGCUACUAGUUUCCACACGAGAUCUACACAAAAUCCAACGUCAGGUCCGAUGGAGCAGCUGAUAGAUUCCCAAAUUGAAUCGCUGAUUAAUUCUAAUAUAGCGACUGUCAAUAGUUUCGAUAUGAGUACUGCACAAAACGCAACAUCGAUCGAAUCAGUGAUUAGUUCUAAUCUAGCUGAUGCCACUAGUUUCGAUAUGAGUUCUGUGUAUGUAUUACAAAAUCCAAUGUGUGUCCAGGAGAAUGAACAAAUCAACAACUUUUUUGAUACAAACGAAUGUAUCCAGUUACCGAACUUUACAAGUUUUAAUGUGGACUUUGGGUAUACGGAGAACCAAAUGCUGGUCCAGCAAAUGAACCAGCCAGCUAUUUGUGUUGGUCUACCAGAAGGCUCACAAGUAGUUAAUACAUUAUCUUUUAAUACAGUUAUUGAUUAUAGUGCGAAAGAACCCGUUCUUUAUUUCACAGACUAUUAAGUUGUGAGUUCAUUUUUUUUCAAUCUACGCGUUCUAGCAUCGCUUCCUUUUGAGCUAUGUUAUUUUAUGAUUAGUUUAUAUUGAAACUGUCCAGGAGAUAAGACAAAUGAAUUUUUACAAAACGUAUACAAUUAAAAUAGGUUCAAAACAAUCAACUUAAGAGAUUCAUACAAGUGAGAAGUUGUUAUUACGACAUGAUUUUUAUUGUUCAAAGCUAGAGUGGCAUGUCUCCCGAAUAAGCUGCUGUUAUUAUGAUAACUUUUUUCGCAACCUAUUAAACUGUGAUUGCCUUAUUUUCUAACAACUUUCUAACAUUAUUUCCUUUUGAAUUAUGUAGUAUUGUGCUAAGCAAAUACUUUAUUUAUUCAUUUCAUGUUCACGAGAUUAGAAUAAUGCAUUCAUAAAAAACAUACACGGUGACAAUAAGUCCAAAAAUAUUACUAAGAGAUUUAUACAAGUGAUAAGUUGAUAUUACGCAAGGUUUUCGAUCUCCGAAACUAGAUUUCGAGUAGCACGAGUUUAAAACAAUCAGCUGUUGUUACAACUAUUCGCACAAACUAUUCUACUGUGAUUGCAUUGCUUUAUUCUUAUCCAUUCGUUUCCUUUGAGUUAUGUCGUAGGUAUUAUGAUAAACAAGUAUUUUAUUUAUUCAUUUAAAAGUUUAUAUUUAAGGCAAAACUGUUCACGAGGCUAGAAAAAUGCAUUCCUAACAAAUGUAUACGAUGAAAAUAAGUCCAAAACUAUUCAUUCAAAACAUUCAUACAAGCAAUAAGGUGAUAUUACGACAGACUUUUUAAUGCCGAAAACUAGAUUUCAAAUAGCACGAGUCUCAAAUAAUCAGCUGUUAUUACAACUAUUUCCACAAACUAUUAUACUGUGAUUGCAUUAUUUUUCCUAUUCCACGCGUUUCUUUCGAACAUCCUUUCGGUUUUAGCUAUGUUAUACUAUGAUAAGCAGGUACCUAUUUUAUUUAUUUAUUUGAAAUUUAAUACUUAAAGCAAAACUGACCAGGAGAUUAGAAAAAUAUAUUCAUAACAAACGUAUACGAUGAAAAUAAGUCCAAAACUAUUAACUUAAGAGAUUCAUACAGGUAAUAAGUUUAUAAUAGGACAAGGUUUUUAAUGGUUUUCGGGUAAUGAUUUUUAUGAUCCCAAAAGAAAAGAGUUCAUGCAGUAUAUUUUGAAAUAAGCAAUACGAAACAGGGAUUUAUCUUAUGUGCUUUUCAAUACUCAAAAAGCAUGAAAAAGUUACAAAACCAUCUGACAACAAAAAAAUGCAAUACAGAGAUUAAUCUUAUGUUAUUUUUAAUACUCAAGAAACUCGAGAUAUUUACAAAACUAUUAAAUUUAUUAUCGAAAUAUCUUCAUUAUUACUGUUAUACCUAUUGUGUGUUCAAUUAAGUGCAUUUCAAUC